AAACGUUUUUUUUUGCGGAUGAAGGUGAGCGCUGCUAAUGAAUGCACUCAAAAUGCAAAGUCAGUAAAGUGCGCAGAUUGAAACAACAAACUUCUUGGAAUUUCCCCACCCACUAAAAUUUGAUUGGCUACUUUUUUUUGGUUGUCAUAAAACUGGCCAAUUGACUGAGACGUGCAGACCAGCCCAGGACACCAACGUUGAAUUUGUUGCUACUCCUGAUUACAGCUACUUGGAAGCUGACAUCAACAAUGGCAGCGUGGAACGCAUUCUUCCGGAAUGAGGAUGAAGAUGGAGCACAGGAGGAAGGAGAGCAACCAGAAGGAGAUUACAAGGUUUUGGGGCGAGACGGCUUAGUUUUCUUGGUGGACGCCUCAAAAGAGAUGUUUAUCAAAGGGGAAGAUGGGGAGCCAUCUAAUUUUGACAUGACGAUGCAAGUCGUGCGCAGUGUGUACACCAGAAAGAUCAUCAGCAGUCCCCGGGACCUUAUGGCGUUGGUGUUCUACAGCACUAAGCAAAGCAAAGACCCGACUAACUCUUUCAAGCAUGUCUAUGUCUACCACAGCCUCAGUGAACCAGGUGCAAAGCGGGUGCAGGAAGUGGAUGCACUCCGGGGGGAAAAUGGCGCCCGGAUAGCAGCAGAGACCAUGGGCAGUGGCGAGACAUCAUUAUCUGACGCCCUGUGGUGCUGUGCCAACCUGUACCGAGACUGCAAGCUACGCCUUGGACACAAACGCCUCCUAAUCUUUACAUGUAGGGAUCAACCACACGGAGGCGACAGUGCCAAAGAUCGACAGGCUCGCACCCAAGCCAGUGAUCUCAAAGAGACUGGCGUCUUCGUAGAUCUAAUGCACUUGAUGAAACCAGGUGGCUUCGACGUCUCAAACUUCUAUUGUGACGUUAUAAGUCCACCAGAGGAUGAGAGUGAAUUAGGGCUCCAGAUGGAGCCAUGUACAAAACUUGAAGACCUCCAAAAGAGAGUGCGAGCCAAGGAGCGGAAGAAGAGGACAAUGGCAAGACUCAAUCUGUGUUUGGGCGAGGGCAUAAAUGUAGCAGUGGGAAUGUACACCACUGCUGUGACAGUUCGGAAAUCGGCCCCCGUUAGGCUGUACAGGGAAAGCAAUGAGCCGGUCCGCAGCAAAACGCGCACCUUCCAUACUCAAACAGGAAGCCUGCUCCUGCCCAGUGAGAUAAAGAAAGCACAGGUGUAUGGCAAAAAGCAGAUAGUGAUGGAGAAGGAUGAGGUGGACUCCAUCAAGAAGUUUGAUGACCCUGGUUUGUUUCUAAUUGGAUUCAAACCGAUGGAAAGUCUCAAGUUGCACCACCAUAUUCGCCCCUCUGUCUUUCUCUAUCCUGAAGAGGGUGAAGUGAAAGGCAGCUCCUGUCUGUUCUCCGCGCUAAUGACCAAGUGCAUCGAGAGGAAUGUAUUUACUUUGUGCCGAUGCAUUUCCCGCCGAAACUACCCGCCGCGAUUUGUUGCCUUGGUGGCCCAGAAAGAGGAGGUAGACGAUGGGAAGGUACAGAUCACGCCACCAGGUUUUAAUGUCAUCUUCCUGCCGUAUGCUGAUGACGUGCGAAGUCUGGAUCCCCCACAAUUGCCGUGUGCUUCGCCGGUGCAGGUGGACAAGAUGAAGGAAAUUGUCUCCAAGCUGCGCUUCAAAUACAGGGCUGAAGCUUUUGAGAAUCCAGUUAUCCAGCAGCACUACAGGAACUUGGAGGCCUUGGCUCUGGAUAUGAUGGCUCCAGAUGACAUGGAGGACCUCAUCAUGCCAAAGGUGGACCAGAUUGACCGUCGUCUGGGUCCCCUUGUCCAGGAUUUUAAAGAUCUCGUCUACCCUGCAGACUACAACCCGGACAGCAAACCAGCUGCCAAACGCAAAACAGCGGAUACUGGCGGUACAACACAGAAGAAACCUAAAGUGGAGGUAACGGAAGAUGAGCUCAGGGUCUCCAUUCAGAAAGGCACCCUGGGGAAGAUGACGGUGGCUGUGCUCAAAGAAGCCUGUAAGCAGUUUGGCAUUCGCACCACUGGCACUAAAAAACAAGAGCUAAUAGAUGCUCUGACUGCCCAACUGGACUCAUGAGUGCCUCAGUGUGCUCCCUUCACGCCCUUAAUCUGGACAUGAAGGUGGUUUGGAACAUAGAAUGUAGAUGUUCUUUGUAAAUGACUAUAAUAGCCUUUCACUGUUGAUUGGAUGACAAAGAAAGCUUUACUAUUGCUUGCAAAGAUGUAAAAAUAAUUCACUUCACACCAGGGGUGUCCAAACAUUUUGCCACUCAGGCUGCAUGAAGAAAAAUGUGAGGAUGCAGGGACCAUGUUGAUUUGUUUCACCUUUUGUUAAUUAAACAUGCUAUUACCUAAUUCUAAUGGAUAAUGCUUUAGCAGAUUAUUUGUGCUACCUGUCAUACAUACAAAAAAAGCUACAAAUUUACAGUCUUUGGCAAAUAAACAACUAAAUGGUCCUUUUUUGCCACACAUAACCAAAUAAAUUAUUAUUCCUUACGGCUUUGAUAACUUGCAUGUAAUAAUACUUUUAAAAAAUAAUAAUAAUCACGUGUGUCAUCUUUUUUUGUUUUUGUUUUUUUGGUUGUAAAACAGUGCAUUUCAAAAAUUCAUACAAAACCACAAUUAAAUUUUUUUUUUUUUUUACAUAUAAUAUGCGCCCUUAAACCUACUUUGUGAUGUUCUGAAUUAAGACCAUAUUUCAUUUGAUCUUUAAAAUAGGCUAGAAAAUGAUCUGCGGGCCGCACUUUGGACACCCCUGCUUUAUGUGUUUAACCCAGCGCUUAUGUCAGGCACAAUACUGAAAAAUA